UGAAAGUAUUCUGAACGGACAGUGUUGCGCCUGUUUCUUUCCUUCGUUAUAAUUUGGCCUCGUUGUGAAGCUGAUUUAAGAUCAGACUGAUCUGAAUAAGAUAAAAUCAGAUCAAACCUCGCGUCGUCAGGAAGAAUCCAACACCGGGUGUUUUUUUUUAAAUUUGUGUGACCUUUGAUUUAUACAGACACAAUGAGUCGGCUGGGAUCUGCAGCUCUAGAUAAAUCGAUGUUUCUCUUUUGUUUUGUGGCGCUGCUCACUCCAUCAGGCUAUUCUGCCCCUGUUUCAGAGACUUUCACUGUUUCAGUGAGGUCUCCUAUCUCAGUCCAGCGAGGCCAUACAGCCAUCUUACCCUGCUGGCACAGUUCCUCUCAGAGUGCAGAAGAUCUAGAGGUACGCUGGUAUUUGGGGAGUGAUGGAUUUGAUACUCCAGUCAUGCUUUAUAAGGGAAAAGCUUUUGACCACACAUCCCAGAAAGCUUCAUACGCUGGCCGAGUCUCAUUUGGCUUAAAGGAAGGAACAUCAGGAGGGUUAAAGUCAGGUGAUGUCAGCCUGAAGCUGGAAAACACCACGAUUAAAGACACAGGAACCUACACUUGCUAUCUCAGCAGCACUGAGGAUUAUGACAGUGCUGCUGUUAGUCUGACAGUGACAGAAACUGGAGGUCAUCCUCUCCUUUCUACAGUGAUUAAAGACGAUAAAGUUAAUAUAAGCUGUGAAUCUGAAGGCUGGUAUCCAAAGCCUGAGCUGCACUGGUCAGAUGGGAAAGAAGCUCUCACUCCUGGUGAUGUGCUGUUUGACAAAACCUCUGAAGGGGUUUAUUCAGUCCACAGUUGGCUCCUCCUCCCCAGUAUGUCUAAGGUCUCCUGUUUUGUUGGGCUUCCCAAUGAAAUGCCAAAGGAGGCCAGAAUGCACAUAAAAUAUUCACUUCUCCCAGAGUCCGGAUGCUCCCCAGCUGGAUGGGUGGCCUUUGGGAUACUUCUAGCAGCUGUAUUAGCUGCUGGUGGAGCACUGUACUUCAGAAACAAAGCUAAAAAGAAUAAACCAGAAAAUGACACAACUGAUGGUAAGAAACGUAACCAACUCAUUAAAUAAAAUGAACCCCUUUUGUCUAAAGAUUUUCUGCCAACUGCUCUAUCAGAGGCUUCCAAACACUAUGUGAAUGUUCAACUGGUGGACACAGGAAACCCGCUGAUUAAAAUGAGCCGUUCUUUAUUGAGAGAUAAUCAAGUAGAGUUUCCAGAUGGAGACAGAGUUACCUGUCUCACAGCAGUCAGAGGAUCACCUGGCUUCUCUUCUGGACGACACUACUGGGAGGUUUCCUUAGUACCCUUAUCAAAUUUAAAUGCAACAAUGCCACUUAAGAAGUCCUGGUGGAUCGGAGUUACAGAUAAACAAGAAAUCCCUAAAGAUCAAAGUUUUCCUUUAUCCAUCCAUGGUUUCUGGUUCCUUUCUUCUUGUCCUGAUAAAGAAAAUAAUGUUCAGUUUAACAGUGAAACACAGAUAAAUGUUCCUGUCCAGUCAAGAUUAAAAACAGUCGGUGUUGAUUUGGACUAUGACAAUGGAGAGCUCUCCUUUUAUAAUGUGGAAGAAAAAUGUCUGAUUGGAUCUCUGAGAACCAAAUUUUCAGGGGAAGUGUUCCCACUUUUUAACCCUGGGAAAGGAGACAUAGCAUCUAUGGAGAUAAUACAGAGACCUGAGCAGGAUCAGCCAAAUAACAGUGCUCCCAAUGACAAAACGAAUACUNAGCAGGAUCAGCCAAAUAACAGUGCUCCCAAUGACAAAACGAAUACUCAGCAGGAUCAGCCAAGUAACAGGGCUUCCAAUGAGGGAGGAAUUAAUCCUGAGCAGGAUCAGUUACCUAAGAUUGAGAAUUUAGACGGAGAAAGCUAA